AGGUGCUCGAACGACAGUAGCUCGGAGCUACAUUCUAUUCAAACCUUUAUUGCUAUAGAUCACAGCGAGGAGCAUUCCAAUUGCUCGUUUUUCACUUCAAUUGACCACUUAAUCCUCCUACCUUUCUCCUUCUAAUUUUAAGUCAACCUUCUCCCACAGUCAUGGCCCCUCCAGAUAUCUUGAACAACCCCGCCGAGGGCAUCUCCUACUUCACCCCUGCUCAGGUGCCGCCCGCGGGGUCUGCAGCGAACCCACAAUCCGACGGCUCACAACCUCCCAAGCUCUUCCAGCCCUUGAAAGUGCGAGGCGUGACAUUUCACAACCGGAUCGGCCUUUCUCCACUCUGCCAAUACAGCGCUGACGAUGGACAUAUGACGGAUUGGCACAUGGCCCAUUUGGGCGGCAUCGCCCAGCGCGGACCCGGUUUCCUCAUGGUAGAGGCAACAGCCGUGCAACCAGAGGGUCGCAUUACUCCUCAAGACCACGGCCUCUGGAAGGACUCGCAAAUCGAGCCCCUCCGCCGGGUCGUCGAGUUCGUGCACAGCCAAAAUCAGAUCAUCGGCAUCCAACUGGGCCACGCAGGCCGGAAAGCCAGUACCGUUGCACCUUGGCUUAGUAUGGCCGACAUGGCUACGGAGAAGGUUGGCGGAUGGCCCGCUAACGUCAAGGGACCCUCCAACACCCCAUUCCACGAGAAGUUCCCCAAACCCAAGGCGAUGACUACGGCCGAUAUUGAGCAGUUCAAGAGCGAUUGGGUGUCGGCUGUUAAACGCGCUCUCAAGGCUGGUGUGGACUUCGUGGAGAUUCAUAAUGCCCACGGAUACCUACUUAUGAGCUUCUUGUCCCCGGCGACAAACGACCGUACCGAUGAGUACGGUGGUAGUUUCGAGAACCGGAUUCGUUUGUCGCUGGAAAUCGCCAAGUUGACCCGCGAGAAUGUACCCAAGGAUAUGCCCAUCUUCCUACGUGUGUCGGCUACCGACUGGCUGGAAGAAGUCAUGCCGGACCAGCCCAGCUGGCGCAUCGAAGAUACCGUCCGCUUCGCAAAGGCUCUCGCCGAGAGCGGGAAUGUCGAUGUCCUGGAUAUCAGCAGUGGAGGUAAUCACCAGAAGCAGCAUAUUCAUGCCAAGGCCGGUUUCCAGGCGCCAUUUGCUAUUGAAGUUAAGAAGGCGGUUGGAGAUCAGCUGAAGGUUGGCACAGUCGGUAUGAUCAAUGAUGGACACCUGGCCAAUUGUGUGUUGGAGCACAAUAAUCUGGACUUUGUGCUUGUCGGACGGGGGUUCCAGAAGAAUCCCAGUCUUGUGUGGACUUGGGCGGAGGAACUGGAUGUGGAGAUCUCCAUGGCUAACCAGAUUCGUUGGGGCUUUGGUAGCCGCGGUGGUGGUGUCUACUUGAAGAAACGACAGGAAAAGAUUUAGAAAGAUGCAUGACCGUGACGUCAUCUAGAUAAAUACGAAGGAUGGUGCAUGAUGAUGCGAGAGGAUGAGAGUGCAAUGUCUUGGCGAUAAUGAGAGAAAGUAUCACAGCCAAAAUGAGUCAAUUGUCUGAAAAGCCUCAAAUUGUAUAUGUGCGAUCUCCAGUUGACCAAAACUUACC